AUGUCUUCGCCUUGGAGAAACCUGCAUUUAAGUCGUACCAUUACCGCUGCAGCAGCGGACUUUUUCGCCUUGCAGCCACGACAAACUUUGGCUCUUUGCAGCGACAGACGAGGCCUUUGCAUAAAUCCGAACAGACAGUGUUCAGGAAAACGCUACAAUGUACCACCGAGCGCAGAGUUUGUUGCCAGGGUGUCCGGGAUCCCCACCAUGGCCAAAUUACCUUACCAGGACACCGCAGAAGGGCUUGAUGCAGCGUUUGUUGGCGUCCCAAUUGAUACCGGGACCUCCAACCGACCUGGCGCAAGGUUUGGCCCACGACAGAUCAGAGUUGAGUCGGCCAUGCUGAGGGCUUACAACAGUGGCACCAGGGCAGCACCUUAUGAGUCCCUCGUGGUUGCUGAUAUUGGGGAUGUGAACGUUAAUGUGUAUGACCUGAAAGACACUUGCAAACGCAUCAGGGAGGCCUACAGAAAGAUCCUGGCCACUGGCUGCAUCCCGCUAACUAUGGGUGGCGAUCACACUAUUGCUUACCCAAUCCUGCAAGCCGUUGCUGAGAAGCAUGGCCCAGUGGGUUUGAUCCAUGUGGAUGCUCAUGCUGACACCAGUGAUGUGGUAUUGGGGGAGAAAAUAGGCCACGGGACUCCAUUCCGACGAUGUGUGGAGGAAGGGUUACUGGACUGCAAGAGAGUGGUCCAGAUCGGCCUUCGGGGUUCAGGUUAUUCUGCCGACUCAUAUGAAUGGAGUCGGACACAGGGCUUCCGUGUUGUGCAAGUGGAAGAGUGUUGGUUCAAAUCUCUUGCGCCUUUAAUGGAUGAGGUCAGGAAUCAGAUGGGCAAAGGUCCAGUAUACCUCAGUUUUGACAUUGAUGCUCUUGACCCUGGCUUUGCCCCUGGAACAGGCACACCUGAGAUAGCAGGGCUCACUCCCAUACAGGGAGUUGAGAUUAUUCGGGGAUGCCGUGGUCUGAACCUUGUUGGAUGUGAUCUAGUGGAGGUGUCACCACCCUAUGACACCACAGGAAACACUGCAUUGACUGGGGCCAACCUCCUCUUUGAAAUGUUAUGUGUUCUCCCAAAAAUUAAAUACUAUUGA